GAAGGACCUCCAGUACGACCGCAUGGUGACCGAGGAGGAAGGGGGUGGCGUAGCCCGCGCCCUCAAUUGCCCCUUCUUCGAGAUCUCCGCCAGGGACAGCUAUGAGGAGACGGUAGCUGUGUUCACCGCGCUUUACCACGAGCUGGCAAACAAUGGCACCCUGUCGGCCUUCAGGAGGAAGGUCUCCUCCAAACUGAUGGACAAAAUGCCAAGGAUCCCCUCCACGGCCACCAUGGGCCUGUCUACCAGGAGCUUUAGCCUGAGCUCAGUCAAGGAUUUCUGACACCAGGGGAGCGUUGAGAUUCCCUCGGGCCUACCUUCAACUCCAAGCGCUCUGUCCUCACAGCCCCUUCCUCUCCUCCCCCAUCUUCAGCUCGCGCCAGAAGACUUUCCUCUUCGACCGCUCUCCCCACCGGCUCUGCGUCCUCCUCCGCCACGGCCUUGCGCUCUGGGACGCUAACCUGCGAGGAGGGGACGGUGUGUAAAUACAAGUUGUCUUUGUCGUCGCGGGUCACACCAGACCUUUAGGUCAACUUGCCUCUGGUCCCUCGGCCCCAUUUCAUAAUAAUAUUAAUAAUAAUAAUCCUCGCGUUGGACACAGCGCCUUAUCACGCCUUCGAGACGUCUCAAAGCGCUUCACGGGAUAUACGUGUAAGAGCACGGGUCACAAUAAAGUGCCUUCGCCCACCA